GUAUUUCUUCCCUAAUUAGAGCGUACUUGGGUCCAUGAAACAUGAUUAUGUUUCUUUAAUCCCUCUCUAGGCUUUUAACGCGGCCUUAAAUGACUAAUCUUGAAAUUCUAUUACUAACCAAGGCUAUGCUUGUCAAGAGGGACGGACAAGGGGAAUGAUGGAUCGUCUAAAAUGGAAGAUCCAUCUAAAUUGAAAUCAUGAGGUAUAGAAUUAAGGAAGCAUUAGUGGGAUUUUUCGGGUUCUUCUUCGGGUCCUUGUCUUUAUUGUCAAAGAGAGAAUAAACUCAAUCUCUUCCAUGCAAUCUCUCUACUUUUAUUUAUCCUCCUAGUCCUUUGUGCCAAAUGAAGUGGUAGUCUAUCUGCACUAAAAUUCAGCACAAAGUGCACAGCUCAAACUGUAAUGCAAUUGUUUUCUUCUAGGAGGUCAGGCUAAUGCCUUGCUGGUUUCAUUUCUAACGAAAUGCAAUCAAUUUCUUUAGCUUAAGCAAAUUACUUCAACAAGUCAUAGAACAUUUUAGUAUUGAUCGUCUAAAACCCUUCUCCUUUCUCCACGCGUACGUCCAUGUGUCUGCACCCAUCUAUUCUUCGUGCACCUUCUCUUGACACCUCGAAAUUUCUUCCACCACGUAUCCUGCACCCAUACAACCUUGAUGAAUCAUCUUCAUAUACAGCUUCAAAUGAGGGUAGUGAACUUGACAAAACCCUAUCAAAGCUAAGCUUGUGGUAGUAGUUAGUGAUGGCUGAUGAAUUCAGGCUGGUAUCACCUGAGAUAGAUAAUGAAGGAAGGUUACCAAGGAAGUACACGGAAGAAGGUCAAGGUGCGAAAAAGAACUUAUCUCCACCAGUUGAAUGGUACAACGUGCCAGAAGGAGCCAAGAGCCUAGCUCUUGUGGUGCAGGACUUGGAUAUAUCAGACCCUGAUGGCCCUAAUGUGCCGUGGCCACAUUGGGUAGUGGUUAACAUACCACCUCAUGUGAAGCGUCUUCCUGAAGGUUUCUAUGGAAAAGAAGAAGAGUUUGGCGUUGAAUAUGCUGUGAUCAAAGAAGGGGUUAAUGGCUGGAAGCUUCCUGGAUGGCGUGGACCAGUCCUGCCAAAACACGGACAUAGGUUUGAGUUCAAGCUCUAUGCUUUGGAUGAUGAAUUGCAUCUAGGAAACAAGGUGACAAAGGAGAAGCUGGAGGAGGCAGUUCAAGGGCAUGUACGAGGAGAAGCAGUCUUGAAGUGCAAAUUUUGAUCCUUUGUGUAUUGCAAGCUAAAGCCUUGUAUCUUCGUUGGGGAGAAGGUGGCUAAUCACAAUGUUUUAAUUUAAGCCAAUGAGUUUGGUUGUCAUUUAAGAAACAAGAUUGGAGGAGUUUGGACUAAUUCUAUAGAGGCUACGAAGCUCCAGUCCCCUAAGCCAGUAUAUCAGCUCUCAGAUUUUCCAUGGCCAGAUUCAGUCACACAGCUCCUUCCCGACCAAAAUCAAGUUUUAGAUUAUCUGUGUUAAAGUUGUUUAGUUAUUUUGAAAUGUUUUGUUGGCAGUAGUUUACGAUUGUUUAGAUUGCCCUGUUCUCCUCUAGCCAGUAACCACCUAGAGAUUGUUUGACGUGGGUUGUUAUAUUUCUGUUUCAAGUUUCUUGUAAGGCUAUUA